AAAACCCAGUCUUAUAGUCAUAGUUUUAAAAAUGUCUUCAACAUAAGUAAAUUCACCAGGCCAUUUGAAAUAUUUAGCUGUGCCAGUACACUCAGAUUGUGAGUGGCUGUGUUUUUUGCUCUGCUCUCCGCUGGAAUGUGUUGGUCUCUUUCUGUGAAACUGAGCUGCACAGAGAUUUAUUGGCAAAAUGUUGGAAGAUGGGGGUGGAUAAAGAUGGCAUAGUCCAUGGAGAUGAUUUAGAAAAAACUAGUGAAAACUGGAUUUUCUGUGUCUGGUAUAGGGAUAGUUAAAUAUGAGGAGCUUCAGAAAAUCUGGCCUGUAGCAUGAAUGGAGGGUUGAACUCUGAAAUAUCACCUCAUGUUUAUGUGGAUUACUGGGAGUUUGAACUCCUCCUGUUUCAGUAGUAGUGUCUUACCUGGAGGAAAAAACCCAUCUCUUACCAAUCACAUCGCAUUCCUUUGCCCAUUAGCAGCAAAUUCUGGUGUGGAAUAUGAACACAAGGAAAGUAAUUAAUGUAUUUUUAGCAUUUUUAGAAGAAACUAGCACUAGGGAAGAUGACUGUAGUCUGUAGGGAGCAGACUGUUGAGGUACCCUCUUAGAAGGUACCCCAAAUCAAUAUUUAGCCCAUGUGGUACAAUGUCAUUGUAGUUCAAGUGGUAGACUGGUGAAAUCUUUUCACCUUAGAGGCAGUAUCUAUUUAUCCUAGCAGGGAACGUGAUCCAAGGAUCUUCAGGAGUGCUGCUUGUGUCUUAGUAACACACAGUUCCCCAGACUGAGAGAAAUGGCAGUCCCAGAUUUCUGCCUUUCCAGUGUCAGUUUUGAAACGAUUCCCUGCCACCUUCAGGGUGUUGCUCAUGCAUUUUUAGUUUGGGGUUUUUUUUGGUGGUGUGAUAGAACAUGAAGUUCACUCUAGAUGUAGCUGUUUAAAGCACAUUUAAAGCACAUGCACACACUUCAAUUUGCUUGUGUCCCACGGCAUUCCUAUUCUUAGCAUAGCCAGCAUAGAAGGGUGUCUUCCAUCAGGCUUUUGUGCUUAGGGCAACCAAAUACAGAGUGUACACCAUGACUGAUUUAACCAGGCAGAACCUUGUACACUCCUGCUUUUUUAACCAGGCAGAGCCUUGUUAAAGGCUCCUGCUUUUUCCUCUGCGUGCUUUGGAGCUGGAGCUGGCCAGUGAUAAGCACAUGUGGGUGUGAAUGAGUUGAAUUAUACUGCAAAAGAAGAAGGGCUGCUGGAGAUAAACGGGGUCCUGCAUUACUUUAAAACACCUAAUAAGAGAUCCUAGUGAACAGUUUGUGGUAGGAAAUUCCACCACUGAUGAAGUACUAACUGGAAAAUCCAAUCCUCUCCCUUCCCCUUCCAGCUCAGUCGUGCCUCAGCGGAAGUGACCACAUCUGACAGGCAGAGGGAAGGAUACAUGAUUUGCUGAAAAGAGAGAAAAUGCUAUGCUGGGGCUACUCGUCUUAUGGACAGCCUGGGAUAGGUAGCAACCUCCAGGUCAUCAUUCCUGAACCACAGGUGUAUGGGUUCAUCCAUGACAGAAAUGUCAAGGAGGUGGCCUGUGGAGGAAGCCACUCUGUGUUCCUGUUGGAAGAUGGAGAGGUGUAUACCUGUGGCCUGAACACCAAAGGUCAACUGGGACAUGACUGUGAAGGAAGCAAGCCAGAGCAAAUCGGGGCGCUGGCGGGGCAGCACAUCGUGCACGUGGCCUGUGGGGAGUCGCACAGCGUGGCCCUCAGCGACCAGGGCCAGCUCUUCUCCUGGGGCGCUGGCAGUGAUGGACAGCUGGGGCUCACCACCAUAGAAGAUGCAGUGACAGUGCCAAGGUUGAUAAAGAAAUUGAACCAACAGACGAUACUGCAGGUUUCCUGUGGAAAUUGGCAUUGCCUGGCUCUGGCAGCAGAUGGCCAGUUUUUCACAUGGGGGCAGAACAGCUACGGUCAGCUGGGCUUGGGCAAAGAAUGUCCCUCCCAAGCCAGUCCACAGCGUGUCAAGUCUCUAGAUGGGAUCCCUUUGGCUCAGGUUGCUGCAGGUGGAGCCCACAGUUUUGCCCUUUCUCUCUCAGGAGCUGUGUUUGGCUGGGGGAAGAACAGCUCAGGACAGCUGGGACUAAGUGAUGAACGAGACCGAGAGUCCCCCUGUCAUGUGAAGCUGUUGCGCUCUCAGAAGGUUGUUUACAUCAGCUGUGGAGAGGAGCACACAGCAGUCCUGACAAAGAGUGGAGGGGUGUUCACCUUCGGUGCAGGUUCCUGCGGGCAGCUGGGCCACGACUCCAUGAAUGAUGAGGUGAACCCCCGAAGAGUUCUUGAGCUCAUGGGCAGUGAAGUGUCCCAGAUUGCUUGUGGCAGACAUCACACUUUAGCCUUUGUGCCUUCUUCAGGAAUGAUCUAUGCAUUUGGCUGUGGAACAAGAGGCCAGCUGGGAACAGGGCACACUUGCAAUGUAAAGUGUCCCUCUCCUGUCAAAGGUCACUGGGCAGCUCACAAUGGGCAACUCUCAGGGAAACCUGAUGCCUGUAAAUACCACAUUGUUAAACAUAUCUUCUCUGGAGGAGACCAAACUUUUGUGCUUUGCUCCAAAUACGAGAAUUCCUUGCCUGCUGAUGAUUUCCGGACCAUAAAUGAAACACGUUACACCUGUUUAAUAAAUGAUGAAACUAUAGAUGUCUGGAGGCAAAAGCUUUUAGAAAAGAACAGUUCUAAUUCUGUCAAUAAUGUUGUUCAGAUACUGUCCUCAGCUGCCUGCUGGAAUGGAAGCUUCUUGGAGAAGAAAAUCGAUGAGCAUUUUAAAACCAGUCCAAAGAUCCCAGGGAUUGAUCUGAACUCCACAAGAGUGCUGUUUGAGAAGCUGAUGAACUCCCAGCACGCCAUUCUCCUAGAGCAGAUACUUAAGAGCUUUGAAAGCUUUUUGAUUCCUCAGCUGUCCAGCUCUCCACCAGAUGUUGAGGCAAUGAGGAUCUAUCUGAUUCUCCCUGAAUUCCCACCAUUCCAAGACUCCAAGUAUUACAUCUCUCUGACCCUUCCUCUAGCAAUGGCUAUUUUGCGCCUGGAUACCAACCCCAGCAAAGUGCUUGAUAACUGGUGGUCUCAGGUGUGCCCAAGAUACUUCCUCAGGCUUGUGGACCUCUAUAAAGGUGCAGUGGUUUACCUCCUCAGUGGAAGGAAGACGCUGCUGAUCCCAGUCCUGUUCAGCAGCUACAUUACAGCUGCCCUCAGGCUUCUGGAGAAACUCCACAAGGUGAAUCAGAAGGUUAAACAUGUGGAAUAUGAUAAGUUUUAUAUCCCUGAGAUUUCCAGCUUGGUGGACAUUCAGGAGGAUUAUCUCAUGUGGUUUUUGCACCAGGCUGGAAUGAAAGUAAGGCCGUCCAUCAUGCAGGAUGCUGUGACUCUCUGCUCUUACCCUUUCAUCUUUGAUGCUCAAGCUAAGACCAAGAUGUUACAGACAGAUGCAGAAUUACAGAUGCAGGUUGCAAUAAAUGGUGCAAAUUUGCAGAAUGUCUUCAUGCUUCUCACCCUGGAGCCUCUGCUGGCCAGAAGCCCUUUCCUGGUACUUCAUGUUCGCAGGAGUAACUUAGUUGGUGAUGCUUUAAGGGAGUUGAGCAUCCAUUCAGACAUUGACUUGAAAAAACCUCUCAAAGUCAUCUUUGAUGGUGAGGAAGCUGUUGAUGCUGGAGGAGUGACAAAGGAAUUUUUCCUCCUGUUGUUGAAAGAACUCCUCAACCCCAUCUAUGGCAUGUUCACCUACUACCCAGAGUCAAACCUGCUGUGGUUUUCAGACACGUGUUUUGUAGAACACAACUGGUUUCACUUGAUUGGCAUCAUAUGUGGUCUUGCAAUCUACAAUUUCACAGUGGUAGACCUUCACUUUCCCUUGGCUCUGUACAAAAAACUCUUGAACGUGAAGCCCUGCCUAGAGGAUUUGAAGGAGCUGUCCCCUACAGAAGGAAGGAGUCUCCAGCAACUUUUAGAUUACCCUGGGGAAGAUGUGGAGGAGACAUUCUGUUUGAAUUUUACAAUCUGCAGGGAAAGCUAUGGUGUGACAGAGCAGAAGAACCUGAUUGAAGACGGAGAUAAAAUCCUGGUGCAGAAGGACAACAGGGAAGAAUUCGUCGAAGCCUACGUAAAUUACAUCUUCAACGUCUCCAUCCAAGAGUGGUACACAGCUUUUUCUACUGGCUUCCUGAAAGUGUGUGGUGGGAAGGUCCUGGAACUCUUCCAGCCCACAGAGCUCAGGGCCAUGAUAGUCGGAAACAGUAACUACAACUGGGAGGAACUGGAAGAGAGUGCUGUCUAUAAGGGAGACUACACUGCCACACACCCAACUGUGAGAAUGUUCUGGGAGACCUUCCAUGAAUUUCCCUUGGAAAAGAAGAAGAAAUUUCUCUUGUUCCUGACGGGCAGCGACCGCAUUCCCAUCUACGGCAUGUCCAGCCUGCGCAUCAUCAUCCAGUCGACGCCCAGCGGGGAGCAGUACCUGCCCGUGGCUCACACCUGCUACAACCUGCUGGACCUGCCCAAGUACAGCAGCAAGGAGAUCCUCAGCGCCCGCCUCGUGCAGGCCAUCGACCACUACGAGGGCUUCAGCUUGGCCUGACCCCUGCACGGGGCCGGCACAGACUCUUGGGUGCUGAGCAGCAGAACGAUGGGCUUGGGAUUUAUUUUUGUAAGGGAAUAGAUCUGAACUUCUGAACUACCUUUUUUUUUUUUUUUGGGGGGGGGGGUGUGGGUAAAUAUAAAUAAUAAUAAUAAUACUAGAGAUGAUGCAGUCUCAGCCUGAUGCUGCCAGCAUUUUGUGGGGCUUCAGCAGAGAGAGGCUCUUGCUUUGAACUUUUUCAUCUACUGAACAAAACCAGUUCAGUGGGCAUUUCUGUUGUUUCCCCUCCAACUUGACAUCACUGCCCUCCUGGCAAUUCCUUGUAGUUUGCUUUUGUUCCUCUCAUACACACACAUUCUUCUUACCUCUUCUUUUAGUUCAGUUGAAAUAUUUUGAUGUCCCUUGCAUUUAGGGUAUGGUGGAAACAGGAUGAAAUAGUGCUCUCCUCUUUGAAAAGCUGUGAUUUCCCCCCGACCCUUUUUUCCUCCCUUUUAAAAUGCAAGCUGGUUCUUGCUUGCUUUGAAUGGAAAUAUCUCCUCUUCCCUUCAGUCCUCAGUGGAUGGUACUGGGCUUGGAUGUCAUUUGUGACCUCAGAGCGGUGCGUUAGUGAUGUUCUAUCUUUUUGCACCAGGAUGUCUCAUGGAAAAUACGGUAGUUUACAGAGGUUGGCUUGUUUUUCCCCACUUGUCUUGAAUUUUGUUUUCAAGCUUCUCAAAGAAGCCUCAGAAUCCCUCGGGAGUGGAGUUUGUGUUCAGGCUUGUGGAAGGACAAACCCUGCCUGUCUUAGCAGGUUUGUCUAAAUGCCUCCCUCAUGUUGUGUUUCUGUCCUGGCAAGUCUGCAGUCUGGGUGCAGGAGCUGCCCUCUUCUUCCAUCCCAACAGCCCUGCUACUCCAAUACAAGGUGAGGUGGCUGCUUCCACCUUUGUCCAGAGGAGCUGUGUGUGUGGAUGUGCGAGUGCAGGGGUGUGUGAGUGUGGGAGGUGUGUGCAAUCUCUCCAGUCUCAGGUGUCAGGUCAAAGAUCCCCAUUUGAGUGAUAGCCCCCUGUCUGGAGAUUGGUUUGAUCUUUGCAGUUAGGCUUAUUACUUUGCUGUUUGAGAACAGCCCUCUCACUUGGCAGCUGUUUUGCCAGGGGGCCUGAAGGACAAUCUGUGUGAAUUAGACUGAAAAUGUAGAAAAAUCUCUACCUAAAUCUAUCCUGUAUGAUUGGAGAGCUUUUGUCCUCUUUUCCUCAGUCUCACUGCCCCAUUAAGUGAAGUUUAAAUGAUUUUUCUCCUUUCUCCCCUGCCAUUUUUCAGAUCUUGAUGUAAAUCUCAUUUUAAGCCUAGGGUGGUUUUGACAUUGACUUGUUAUUAGGACAUAGUAUUUAUGCACCGUGUUCAAUUUACAGUAUUGAACUUUGCACCUCGUAACAAAAGGUUUUAGGCUUCUGGAUUUUUCUUUUUUUUUAAAGACGAGCUGUGGGCUACAUCGAGAGCCCCCCAGCCUCUUUCUAAUGCAGCAUUGAAGACAAAUAUACAGUUAUAUCAAAUGUUUAUUUUCGAUGUGUGUGUACAUAGUACAGUAUUAUGCAAUAAAUUUGAUGUUUAAUUCUGA